UUGGCAGUCUACUUCUCUCUAGCAUUUUCUCUCCUUUAAUUGCUUCGACGCGGCAUUGCAAUCCCAUAACCGCUAUCGAAACCUCAACCUUCUUCUCUCAUAUUUGAGGUGAAAUUUGUAUUGAAGCGUAAUAUUGGGUUUAUGAAGACUGAGCAGUAAAGAAUUUGGUGAUACUGAUACAUUGCACAUCAGAAGCCAUCGGUACAAAUGUCUUCGACUAUCAAAGCUGAGAGGAAGGCAACCCUUGAUGCAGCAUCAUGGAUGUUCAAUGUGGUGACAUCCGUUGGAAUAAUUUUAGUCAAUAAAGCUCUUAUGGCAACAUAUGGUUUCAGCUUUGCUACAACAUUAACUGGUCUGCAUUUUGCCACAACAACCUUGUUGACAUCUUUCCUAAGGUGGUUGGGAUACAUCCAACCCUCUCAUCUGCCGUUUUCUGAACUUUUGAAGUUUGUUUUAUUUGCAAAUUUCUCUAUUGUUGGGAUGAAUGUAAGUUUGAUGUGGAACUCUGUGGGAUUCUAUCAGAUUGCAAAGCUAAGUAUGAUCCCAGUAUCUUGUUUUCUAGAAGUUGUCUUGGACCAUGUGCGGUACUCAAGGGAUACAAAACUUAGUAUUUUGUUAGUUCUCCUUGGUGUUGCAGUUUGUACUGUUACUGAUGUGAGUGUCAAUGCAAAGGGUUUCAUCGCAGCUUUAGUGGCAGUUUGGAGCACUUCGCUGCAGCAGUAUUAUGUGCAUUUUCUUCAACGCAAGUAUUCUCUUGGAUCAUUCAACUUGUUGGGGCACACUGCUCCAGCACAAGCUGCAUCAUUGUUGGUUGUAGGACCUUUCCUGGACUACUGGUUGACAAAUAAAAGAGUUGAUGCUUAUAAUUAUGGCACAACAUCUGUGUUAUUCAUUAUCCUAUCCUGCACCAUUGCAGUCGGGACCAAUCUUAGUCAAUUCAUCUGCAUCGGCAGAUUUACAGCAGUAUCUUUUCAAGUUCUCGGUCAUAUGAAAACAAUUCUGGUCCUUAUCUUAGGAUUCAUUUUCUUUGGCAAGGAGGGUCUCAAUCUACAUGUAGUCUUGGGUAUGAUUAUUGCAAUCUUGGGAAUGAUCUGGUAUGGCAAUGCCUCAUCAAAGCCAGGAGGAAAAGAGCGCCGUAGCUACUCUCUCCCCACAACCAAAUCCCAAAAACAUGAUGGCUUAUUAGAAUCCUCUGACACAGAUGAAAAGGUAUAGAAUUCAACAAAAGGCUCUGAAGACAGUAAGAACAAAGAAGAAAAAUAAUAUAUAUUUUGAAGAAGACGACGAAGAAGAAAAGUAAUAAUUUAGGUCAGUGGAUUAAAAGAGUUGCUUCACAUUACUUGGCAGAUCACUUAAAUUUAUCACAAUUUUUUUUUAUAUUAUUUUUAUUAAAUUUUGUCAUAAAUUCAUUUUUACGAACUCAGAUUCAGAUUUGUGAAAGUUGAUAGGUUUUUGUUGAACAGGUUAAAGUUCUGCCAAACACAUUGUUCUACAUUUAUUUUUUCAUAGUAAUUUAUUUCCCCCUAGUCAAUUUUAACCCA